AAGCGCAGUUCCUCAAAGAAGUGCAAUUAGCCGUAUCAAUUUAAAUAUUAUGAUAAAGGAUAUAAUUAGGGAUGUAAAUAGAGAUAUAUGGGAAAUCGAUCUGGAAAAGAGGGAGAAAUGUUAAUCGUGUGAUUAAAAAUCUUCAGAAUGCUUUACAGAUUGUUGAAAGUUGGUCAUGUAACUGGGGUUUCAAGGUUUCAUUUGCUAAAUCAUGUUGCAUGUUGUUUACACGAAAGAAAGCACCAAUUAGCGUCAACUUAUUUCUAUUUCUAUUAGAGAGAGUGUCAGAAUUCAAAUAUUUAGGGUUAGGGUUUGAUGAUUCUCAAAUGAAGCAGAUAGAAACAAAAUGCAAGAAAGCUUUAUUCCUCAUGAGGAAUGUAUGUGGCUAUGACUGGGGAGCCGAUAAACAGUCACUGUUAAAUAUACACCGGGCGCUAAAAAGAUCCACUAUUGAUUAUGGAUGUAUAGUAUAUGGAAAAGCAUGUAAAACAAUUUAACAAAGACAAGGCUUCAGAACAGAGCAUUAAGACUAUGUUUAGGGGCUACGAGAACAACUCCAAUAAAUGCUCUGUUAGUAGAAGCUGGUGAGUUGCCAUUACAUCAUCUUAGACAAGACAAUAAAGGGAGACAUUGUGAUAUACAGAAGUCAUUUCAUGUUAAACAGCUUAAAGGAGGAUAUCAUUGCACGACUAAGGUUUGAGCAUGCAGGUUUUCACACCACAUUAAAUAUAAUGGGGAAAAGUCAAUCAAAUCUAUGUCAGUGGUGUAACACUCUGGAAGAUGUAAAAUACAUUAUCAGGCAUUGUAGUAAAUAUAAUUCAGCGAGGGAGACAUUAAGAAAUAUAGGCUAGUACUUGAGACAGGGCAGGAAUGGAGUUUAAAAUCACUACUGAGCACAGGGCAGGACUUCAGGGAAAUCAGAAGGGGGUUGGUAGGUUAUAUAAUACAGGCAGGAUUAGGAAAUAGUGUGACUUUUUUGUUUUUGUUUUGUUUGUUUGUUUUUCUAUAGACCAAUCAGUAUUCAGGUUAUCUAAUGCCGUUAACUCUUCACCAUUGACUGUACAUAAAUACACCCCGACACAGUAAGUGGCGGUAUGCACCUUUAAAGUUGGUUUGCGAUCCGCCAAUAAACACAACGAAGAAGAAAAAGAAACAUGGCGGUUGGGCAGCAGUUGAGUGUUGUUGCCAUGUGAAGUUUGACUGAAAUGGCAACGGUUCAAACCCCACAUGAGGAGAUGGGUAAAACCCCUGUGAAGAAGAAGAACAACAACAACCACGCACUAUUCGCCCAGAAGACCAAAAAAAGCUACUGUAGUUUGUGUCGCAGGUCAUAUUUUAAACAUGAAGCCCAAGAGCAUAUGCAUGGUAUGCUGCAUCACAGAGAGCUGGAGACAGUGCUGGGCAAGGGUUCAUUUCAUGAAUGUCAGGCGUGUAAGGAAUUCUCCAUGGGUUUAAAUGAGUAUGCUCGGCACAUCUCCACCUCUCAACACAAAGCCAAGUUAAAGAGAUUGAUGUCUAAAAAUGUAAAGCCCCUCUCUCUGUCUAAGACUCUGGGCACAGAGACGAUGGACCGAAUCCUGGAGAGAAACAAGACGCUGAAGAAAGAGGAGAAGAAAGCAAUGAAAAAGAAAAAAAAGAAACGGAAGCAGGUAGCUGGUCAGAAGCGUGCACAAAUGCUACAGGGAGCCACCAGAAAAAACACGGUCGUGUCCAAAGUAGUGAGGAUGGAAAAAUCAAAACAAGUGAACAUGAGGAUACUGAAACAGAUGCGGGAAACACACCAGGAAGGAAGCAGCAAUGCCAUUGUUCAAAACAAAGAGAAUAAAGUGUGCAGUCUGCAAAGACUUCUUCACCAAAGAGAAUCAACUCUGCAGAAUCAAAGCGGAAGAUUGGCUUGUUUUCCUGGAAAGCCUGCAGGUCGAAUUAGGUCGAAUCAUCCUGAUGUUCGGGAUCAGUUCACCCAAUCAACUCACCAGCAGAGGUAUGAUGACAACUUUUCUGUCAACAAUCAGUGCAGCAAAGUCAAGAUUUGGGGCUCCCAGACAGACAGACUUGUUAGAAUACCACACAGGACCCAAAGAGAGGCCACUAACAUGCCAGGACAAAUAACCGUCAGCCAGCAUGACCGUUACAACAACAAGCAGUACGAGUGUGCAACAGACUUCACCAGUGAUAACCUCCCUCAGAAUGGAGUCAUCAUCUUUGAUCACGACCGGAGUGAGAGUACGGGAUCUUCUCAGCCAGGACGGGAAGGUUCACAUUCAGCUCAGCCUGACUCAGCAAACCGAUCCGUCAACGCAGCUCCAAUACGGGACGUCGACGUCAGUGCGAUGCUAUGGCAAAUCAGAAGAGCGCUGGGUGUGAGGGAGCCAUGUAGAGCAGAUCGUGAAGCCCGGAAGCAGAACAGCGAGGGAGGUGUCCGGGUGGCUGAUCACAGGACCACGCAACAAGCUGGAACUGAGAGAGAGCGGCCGGCAGGUGGCUCCUUCAGUAACCACGCCAAGGAGGCUACACUUCGCAUCACCUCUGCUGCAACUACAUCUGUGCAGUCCUCACUGGUCUACAAGCCAAAGCAGACAACAGUCAAAAUGACACAAGGAGCGACUCAGCAUUGUAAAAAGAGCUCAGUCGUUGCAAGUGACUCAAACGGACCAUCCAACAGCCGGGAGACCGAAUCUUCCACUUCACUCAGCCGAUGUUCUGGCAAGACCACAUCCUCUGAGCCCAACCUGAACAUUGCCCGCAGGGUUCGAAUUGCCCACAAAUCAGGGAAAUUUCAGGGGGAGAAAGAGGCUGAGUUUACACCAACCCUGAAUAAGUUGCAAAGCUUAUCAGGGGCCAAGAGUAAGUUGAGCUGGAGGGAGAUGUACGAGGAGAUGAAAAGUAAGAAGCAGGAGAGGGUCAAAGGCAAGCCCAGGUUUGGAAUUGAGUUGGCGAACCCUCUGUCUGACCAAGAAAGCUCAACACGAGCAGAGGACAAUGACUUGCCUCUGUCAGAAGGCUUCCACUGGGAGUCGCUCCCAGACAGUCCAUCAGGUGCGCACUGGACUGGACUGCAUCCUCCACCGCAGGACGCGGCAGAUAAUGACUCUCACGCGGAAACACAGUUAGAUUCUCAGAUGCAGGAGCCUUUGGAGCAGCCUGGUGCAGCACAGGAAGGUUGCAGCAGGCAGACGGUCGAAGCUGUCUCUGUGAAGGUGGAACCAAAUCCUGAGGUUGAAAAUGGAGAUGCGAGAGACAACAGUGGUGCCAGCAAGAGGAAACACAAGGCGGUAACAUGUGAUGGCAUUUCUGAUAAGGAGCCAAGUGGACAAAAGAAGAAAACAAAGUCAAACAAGGACCAGGACCAAAUGGACCAGCUGUUGGCUGUGUCUCUGAGGGAGGAGGAGCUGAGCCACUUGUUACAGGAUUUGGACAAGUCUCUGGUCCAGUCCCGCAAUGCUCUGCAAGCUGCCUACACAGAAGUCCAAAGACUCCUUCUAUUGAGACAGCAGUGUACUGCUGAGGUCAACAAUCUGAGAGCCAAGCGCAUUGAGAUCCUGCAGGGGAUGCAAGGAGGAUACUCGGGAGCAUCUAAUGUAGCAGAGAAAGCCUCCACCCCCUCAGCAGGGGCUGCUGCUGCCGUGCAACCAAGACUCUCUCCCCUUCCUUCUUCUAGUGCUUUCCCCAUCUCCUCCAGCCAGCAAUCACCCCCCACAAACCCAGCAUCUUCUAUUGGCCAACCUCAUCUAACCCCGCUUGCCAUGCCAAAAAUGCCAGUAAAGCAAGAAAUCUGCCAACGACCUACAGUUUCCUGUAACCCUGAUACACCUCAGGUACCAGUGAGCCAAGCUGUGCCCCUGUUUCCCUCUGAUUUUCUCCCUUCACUGCUGGUCACAUCACCAUGCUUAGCUGCUCCUACAACUGCUGUUGCUUCUCUCAAACAACUCAAAACAGCGUGCUCUACAUCAGCGAAUACAAACCCUUCUCCCGAAUCAUCUGCCAGGCAACAGGAGCAAAUGACGAGGGAGGGGUUAAAGGACUGCGUAAAGACAGGGAGGUCGGCGAGAGAAGAAGCUGAGAGUGAUUCUGAGGAAGAGACGGGAGGAAAUCUCGGCAAACAGCCGGCAGCAGAGAAGCUCGAUGGAGGAAACGAGAGCGAUGACUCUGUCGAAAUGAUGGAGCCCUCCAACCUGGUGGUCAUUGAUAUUGAUGAAUCAGACAAUGAGGAGACCGUCUCAAAUGUUCCUGUCCACCAAGUGCCUCCUCAGAAGUCUGUCAGUGUGGAGUUCAGUUCAGCGAGCACGCAGACGUUUCAGCAAAAUGAAGUUGAGAGAAAAGUUAAGCCUCCAAUUGUGCCAGUUCCUCCAGAGUGUGUUGAUGAGGAGCCGUCCUUGGGAGCUUUUUUGAAUCACACAGGCCCCGUCCACGGCCUCCAAGUUCACGAGGGCCGGUUGUAUACAUGUUCAGGGGACAACACAGCACGAGCCUACGGUCUGAUGACCAGGGAGUGCCAAGCAGUGUUUGAGGGUCACACAAACAAAGUCAACUGUCUGCUGGUGUCGUCCCUCCCAAACAAGCCGGCACGCCUCUACACCGGAUCCAGUGACCAGACUAUCCGCUGUUACAACACUAAGUCUAAGAAGUGUCUGGAUCAGAUCUCUCUGUCAGACAGAGUGCUGUGUUUGCACGUCGCCUGGAACAUUCUGUUUGCAGGACUCGCCAAUGGAUCAGUGGCCAGCUACGACUUAAAGACUCUGAAGGAGUUAGAUGUGUUUGAGUGCCAUGGUCCGCGAGGUGUAAGCUGCCUGGGUACGUCGCAGGAGGGCGCCCGCCGAGUGCUGCUGGUCGGCUCCUACGACAGCACCAUCAGUGUACGAGACGCCAAGAGUGGCCUGCUGCUACGCUCGCUGGAGGGUCACACCAAAACUGUACUCUGUAUGAAGGUGGUGAAUGACCUGGUUUUCAGCGGCUCCAGUGACACGUCUGUUCAUGCCCACAACAUCCACACGGGUGAGUUGGUUCGUAUCUACAAAGGUCACUGCCAUGCCGUCACAUCAAUAGUUAUCUUGGGGAAAGUGAUGGUAACAGCCUGUCUGGAUAAACUGGUCCGAGUUUAUGAGCUACAGUCCCAUGACCGCCUGCAGGUGUACGGGGGUCACAGUGACAUGGUGAUGUGCAUGGCCAUACAUAAGAGUGUGGUCUAUACAGGCUGUUAUGAUGGCAGUGUUCAAGCUGUAAAGCUCAACUUGAUGAAGAACUACCGCUGCUGGUGGCAGAAUUGCUCUCUGAUCUUCGGCGUGGCAGAGCAUCUUGUGCAGCACCUCCUCAGAGAUCACAGCAACCCGAAUCUGCAGACGACCAAAUGUCGCUGGAGAGGCUGCAGCAGUUUUUUUGCCACACAGCAGUCAGUUAGACAGGAGCUGCCUGAACACAUGCAGAGCCACGUGGAGAACGACAGUAAAGUGCAGCCUUGACAGCAGUGAAGAGAUGCAGCAGAUGAGGCUGGAGUUUCAUCAUUACAACACAUCAGUGGAUUUUCUUUUGUUUCAAAGUUCUUUUCAGGAUUGUUUGGUUUUAUUUUGCAUUAAUUUCCUGUGUUUUUCUAGCUUUUGAGGUGCUGAUCACAUCUCUUUGGUCUUGUGCAUACUGUAUGACCUCUGUAAGGCCACUUGUUAUUGAUCCCUGAAGCUGUAUGAUAGGAUUGAGACGUUCAGUCUUGCUGUUAAAAUAAUUACUUUCUGCUAUUUUCUUCAUCAGUUAUUUGCAGGUUAUCAGUAAUUAAGCUUUAUUUGAGGAGUUAAAUGAUUCAGUACUCUACUUUUUGGAUCUGUUGACAUGUUUUUUCUUAUCACCAUGAAUACAUGACGUGGCUUUAUACACCAUACAAUAUAUAUUAUACAGUAAGCCUCUUCAGAAAUGUCAUUAGUAUAUGUGAAGCUAAUCAUUCAGAACAUUUUUACAACAAUGCUGCCCUGACAUAAACACCUCGGAGCAGCUUUUACUGUGAACUAACUUCAAAAUCAAUCUUGUUUAGAUUUGUAUUGGUGAUUUGUGGAGGUAACAUGUUUUAAUGUUGGCUGAAUAUGUUAAGGCCUCUGUGUCUGAACACAUCAAAUCUCAACACCCAGUUUGUGAAACCAUCUGCACACUCAUGAUGGACAGUUUAUAAAAAAAAAAAGAAAAAGAAUCAAAAUCGAUGCAGCAGAGCUAUAGAUAUUUUCUUUAUUCAAAACGUUCUUCUUCCUUGUCAAAACCUGGUGCCUACAUUCCCCACAAUGCAACUUGACCAGCAAUAGCAAUAGUUCGGUCACACAUUUGAAUACGUUAUGCUAGUAGGAGCUAGUUUCAAGCAGAGAUGAGGAGUGAGUUACAGAGGUCCGGUUACCUCAUUUCUUUCUAACGCCUUCUUUCACUUCUUUUUUUCAUUUUCAAACUCGUAGUCUUCAGACCCAAUCGACGCUGCCUCAAGUGACAUCACUUGAGGCAAUCAGACUUCGCGCAGCUCCGUCUGGAGCUACAAGGCUUGUAUAGGCUAUACAACUUUUUAUGCAGUAGUACGCCAAGACCUGUAAACAGACUGUGAUGUGUAAAAUUGGUUGAGUUCCCCUUUAAAGAUGAUGUACAGCCUGUAUUUCUCAACCUUAGACAUUAAGGAUUAUUCUUGGUAAUUUUAGGAAGGGCUUUCCCUUCCUUUAAUCAGCAGGUCUUUGAGGAGUGUCAAGAGGAUUUUCAAAUCCUUUAUAAAGUUUUCAGUGUCAAAGUGACGUGUACAUGGGCAACAGCUCAACUGUGGAAAUAAACUGGCUGAACUUGCUGGUA